AUGAGGUCAACUCUAGUUGCUGUUGGACUUGCACAGGCCGCUGUGGUGCUUGCUGUAUAUAAAGGCUAUGCAUGCAUUAUGCCAAACGGCCAAAAAAACCCCUCAAACAAUCUUUGCGAUGAUGCCUUCGGAACUCCUUUGCCCGGGGGAAUUUGCUGUAUCAACAAUGAUCAGUCAGUGGAAAAUUUCCGGAAGGGAUGUAUUGACAAUAAAGGAGUGCGUGCAGAAGACACACCGGGUUGUUGA